ACAUCAUCCUCGUGUUGACAUUUCAGCUGCUUAUCCAACAGGCAGGACGGAGCUGGUUCUGACCCAGCCUGUUCGGGUUCUGAGCUGCCAACAGACACCGGUUGUGGGUCAGGGACUGAGCGGGCGGCACCGAGAGGAUGUCUCAGCUGCUGAGGCUUCUCUCCUCGGCCUGUUUGCCCAGAGGAGCCCGGACUAUCCUCACAACCAGGAGGGCUGGACAGUUGCUCACAGUCGGAAGUAGAAGCUCCACCGGCCCGAAACGAGGCCUGUUUGGUCAGGCGUCCACAGACUUCCUGUCUUACUGCAGACUGCGGUCAGGUCAGCGAAGACUGUUCUCCAGUGAGCCCAAAGAUGGAAAAGGAGGACCAGCAGGAGGAGGAAGACCUGGUGGAGGGAAGAGGGGAGGAGAGAAAGACUGGUGGAGUCGAAUACAGAAGGGGGACUUUCCCUGGGAUGAAAAGGACUUCCGUUACCUGAUGUUCACCGCGGCCGGUGUCGGCUCAGCUUUGCUCUACUUCUACUUCAGAGACACGGGCAGGGAGAUCACCUGGAAGGAAUUCGUCCACCGCUACCUGGGCAGAGGCAUGGUGGAUCGGCUGGAGGUGGUCAACAAGCAGUUUGUGCGAGUCAUCCUGGUGCCGGGAGCUGAAGCGAGCUAUGUCUGGUUCAACAUCGGCAGCGUCGACACGUUUGAGAGGAACCUGGAGGCCGCACACGUGGAGGUGGGUCUGGAGCCGUCCCACAGAGCUGCCGUGGUCUACACCUCCGAGAGCGACGGGUCUUUUCUGAUGAGCAUGAUCCCCACCCUGCUGCUCAUCGGCUUCCUGGUCUUCACGCUGAGACGAGGGCCGAUGGGCGGAGCUGGCGGGGGUGGGAGGAGCCCCUUCAGCAUGAGUGAGUCCACAGCCAAGAUGAUGAAGGACAACAUAGACGUGAAGUUCAAGGACGUGGCGGGCUGCGAGGAAGCCAAGCUGGAAAUCAUGGAGUUUGUUAACUUCCUGAAGAACCCACAGCAGUAUCAGGACCUCGGAGCAAAGAUCCCCAAGGGAGCGGUGCUGUCUGGACCUCCCGGGACAGGAAAGACUCUGCUGGCCAAAGCCACAGCCGGGGAGGCCAACGUCCCCUUCAUCACGGUCAACGGCUCAGAGUUCCUGGAAAUGUUUGUGGGCGUCGGCCCGGCCCGGGUAAGGGACAUGUUCGCUCUGGCGAGGAAGAACGCUCCCUGCAUCCUCUUCAUCGAUGAGAUCGAUGCUGUGGGAAGAAAGAGGGGAGGAGGGAACUUCGGGGGUCAGAGUGAGCAGGAGAACACCCUGAACCAGCUGCUGGUGGAGAUGGACGGUUUUAACACAGCCACCAACGUGGUGGUUCUGGCCGGAACCAACAGGCCCGACAUCCUGGACCCCGCUCUGAUGAGACCAGGACGCUUUGACAGGCAGAUUUACAUCGGACCUCCAGACAUUAAAGGCAGAGCGUCCAUCUUCAAAGUCCACCUGCGACCCAUCAAACUGGAGCCCAGCCUAGACAAAGACGCUCUUGCUAGGAGGAUGGCAGCAGCCACUCCAGGAUUCACAGGCGCUGACAUCGCCAACGUCUGCAACGAGGCGGCUCUGAUCGCCUCCAGAUACCUGGAGUCGGCCGUCAACGGGAAACACUUUGAACAGGCCAUCGACCGGGUCAUCGGAGGUCUGGAGAAGAAGACUCAGGUCCUGCAGCCCACAGAGAAGAAGACCGUGGCAUACCACGAGGCCGGACACGCCGUCACGGGCUGGUUCCUCCAGCACGCCGACCCCCUGCUCAAGGUGUCCAUCAUCCCGCGGGGUAAGGGUCUGGGGUACGCUCAGUACCUGCCCAGAGAGCAGUACCUGUACAGCAAGGAGCAGCUGUUCGACCGCAUGUGCAUGAUGCUGGGGGGCCGCGUGGCGGAGCAGGUCUUCUUUGGCCGGAUCACCACGGGAGCACAGGACGACCUGAAGAAGGUCACGCAGUCGGCCUACGCGCAGGUGGUGCAGUUUGGGAUGAGCGACAAGCUGGGCCAGGUGUCCUUCGAUCUUCCUCGGCAGGGUGAGAUGACUCUGGAGAAGCCGUACAGCGAGGCCACGGCCGAGAUCAUCGACCAGGAGGUGCGGGGGCUGGUGGACCGGGCCUACGAGCACACGAUGCAGCUCAUCCAGCACAAGAGGGACCUGGUGGAGAUGGUGGGGAAGCGUUUGCUGGAGAAGGAGGUGUUGGUGAAGGCGGACAUGCUGGAGCUGCUGGGCCCGCGGCCGUUUGAGGAGAAGUCGACGUACGAGGAGUUCGUGGAGGGAACGGGGAGCUUUGAGGAGGACACCAGCCUGCCAAAGGGGCUGGAAGGCUGGAACCAAGAGAGAGGAGGAGAAGCUGAGGAGCCCAAACCAAGCCUGGACAAACAGCAGGCCGUGUAGGCCGUCGGGUGCUGAUCCUCAUCCACAGGAUCCUAUCGCUGAAUGACUGGUUGAAGUUCUGAACAUCCACACUCAUUCAAACCCACAACUGUGUGACCAAAGCGUUCCACCCAGAACAAUGACCUGCAGUUUUUAAUCACUCCCCGAGUGAACGACUCGCGCCUUGAAACACAGAUCACUCUGUCGGAGCAAAAGCAGCGGAGAUGAAGCUUCUCUGACUGCAGCUCUGCUGAUCCAGAGACGCUGCAGCCUUUGUUCAGGAGCAAACGCACUUCGCCUUAAGAAAACCUCCCGCUUGGGUCUCUAACCUGAGCGGCAAACGUGGCACUUCUGUGCAGUCUGGACUUCUUUGUAUUUAUUUGAAUGGAGAUCUCUAUGGGGACAAAUCAGGAUAAGUUUAAAGUGAAUGAAAAACCAGACUUAUAUUUUGAAAAACAGGCAUUGUAAAUUU